CCUCUGUAUCCUAUUUCCGGUUUUUUUUUUCUCAUAUAAAACCGCAAGCAAGAAAAUUCAAAAUUCGAAUAUCAAUAGUCAAACUGAAAACGACUAUGUUGCCUCGGUUUUGAAACGUAAUCGAGUAAUCUGUUGGUUCCAUCUCACCAUUGCAAUUAUCAAGAAGAAGAAUGAAAUCUGACACCCACCCCUAUCGAUUAUCGCCAAAACGAUCAAGAUGUCAACUGUUUGUUUCCGGUGAUGGACACAUUGCAUCAGGUUUGGUAAAACCAUUUGAAAGUUGCCGAGGAACAAUUUGCACUCGAUCUAUUAGGCUUGAAAUCCGGAGUCAUAAAAAUGUGGAAACUAUUAAUUACUCUAUUACUAAUAACUUUGACCAAAGACUACACCCCUUAUUAAUCAUUUUAAUUGCAUUAUUGUUUUGUUUUGAGAGACUAUGGUGGAACAACUAUCGAAAUCUUCCCAAUUCACAUUCAGAUGUGUUUGUUUGUCAUUUUGUGUUCAUGUUUGAUUUUACAUCCAGCAAGGAACUUUUGAGGGCAAUUGAUGUAAGAUUGGAGACCUUAACGCAGAAUUUGUCUACGGCUUGUGGUCGAGCUGUGGCUGCUGGAUAUGACCAUGACACAGUAGCAGACCUUCAAUUGUUUGCCGAGAGGUUUGGUGCCAAACGAGCGAAGCCUGCUCUAAAUACGUACGACAGACGACGACGACGACAUGAGUUUUCAUGGAAGUCCGACGUGGAUGAGUCAGCAAUUACAACGACGUCGUCAGAUUGUGUGAAGGCAUCUAAAACUCAAACAUCUUCCAGGCUACGUGCAAGACCACCGUAUGUCAAGUCAGGUGAAGGAGAAGGAUUUGGGAAUUCUGAUCAACUGAAAAUCGAGAUGACUCAGGAAGCGAGAAGAUUAGAGGAUGAUGGGAAGUUUAUUCAUUCUUCUAGGCAACUCAACGACCAACUUCAAAUCAAAGCAAAUGAACUUGAAAAGCUCUUUGCCCAGCAUAAACUUCGACUUCCCAACCCUACACGUCAAACCAACGUUGCUGCUGACGAUCCUGUUCUUGAUACGAUAUCUGAUUCUCUGAUGGCAGAUAAUCAGAAUCAUCAUAACUCUUUGCUUCAGCAGAGUUUUGCUGAUGAAUCUAGAGGAAAGUCAUAUGAUAGGUACAUGAAGAAAAGAGAUGCAAGGCUUAAGGAAUUGUGGGAUUCUAAUGGCCAACAGAAAGAAGCUAAGAUGAAAGCCUUGCAUGAUAUCCUUGAGCGCCACAGUACCGAAAUGAAAGCCAGGCCUGCAGAUAAGCACAACUCUGCAUCUAGUGCAAGGCGACGUGCUCAACGCCUCAGAUCAUUUACUUCUCCAUUGGCUGCUUUAAAGAGAGAAGAGCCACUAGAUUUUGGGCCACUUCAAGAUGAUGCAGAUUUAUCUGGUUUUGAUGUUUCGAGAAACAUUCAAGGUAAAACACCACUACCUCACACCCCAACUGCUGUAAUCCCUAGAUCCGCCACCAAACUGACCUCAACUUCCAGCAGACGACGUCAACAACCCGAGAAUAGUCCCCUUGCCCAGUCUGUCCCUAAUUUUUCUGAUCUGCGCAAAGAAAACACAAAACCAUAUUCUACAGCUACCAAAGCAGCAACACGUUCUCAGUUAAGAAACUACACGCGCAGCACAAGUACCAAUGAGGAGACGCCACCUGUCAUGGAAGAUAAGUCACGGAGGUCUCAGUCGUUGAGAAAGAGUUCUGUGACUUCACUUGAGAGCUCAGAAGGUGUUGUUUUGACACAAUCAAAAAACAUGGAGCCAAAGCGGUCUCUGAGAAAGAAUACUGCCAAAUUGAAAGCUUCAGUGGCGUCUGCGUCUGAAGCUAUAAACAAGGCGGAAAAGGAUGAACCGCCAAGUGUGGUUAAAGAGGAUUUCACGGAAGAGUUUGAUAAAACUGGAACCGAAGAUCAUGUUGUAGAUGGGAGUGAGCCGAGAAUGAGUCAUGAAUCAGAGAAGUUGAUGGAUUCUGAAUCCGAACACGGCAACACGUUUUCACAGGCGGAUCACACUUGGGUUGCAGAUUUGCCAGAGGAAAGCCCGAUGUCAUGGAAAUCACGCACCGAGUAUUCAUUUUCUUAUACUCACGAGGAGGCGUCAGAUGUUGAAUCUCCAAUAACGAGCCCUGCCUCUUGGAAUCUACACCCAACAGAAGCUCGAACGAGGAAAAAAUGGGGGAUCACUCAGAAACCUAAUCUCGUUCCUAGUUCUGAUAUGACUAAAGGAUUCAAACGGUUGCUGAAAUUUGGAAAGAAAAGUCGAAACACCACCGAGAAUCUAGCUGAUUAUAUUUCUGCCACAACUUCUGAGGGAGAUGAUGACACUGAAGAUGGAAGAGAUCCCAACAAUCGGUCUUCAGAAGAUUUGAGGAAGUCAAGAAUGGGUUACUACUCACACGAGAGCAGUGAAGAAGUGAGUUCGAUCCCAACACCUCCACCAAACUUCCGUUUAAGGGAAGAUCAUUUGUCUGGAAUUAGCUCUAUUAAAGCUCCUCCGCGAUCAUUCUUUUCUUUGCUUCGGAAGUGAGUCAAAACCAAGAUGAGUUCAUGUUUUCAAGGUCACUGCCUGCCUUUGAUCAUAGGUAGGUUGGUAUAUAUAUAUAUAGAGAGAGAGAGAGAGCAAAUGUUUGAGGUUGCAUAUUUUGAAUGAUUCAAAAACAGUUAUUCGUUGAGCCAAAAGAAAAGAUAUCUGGUUGCUGUUAAA